AUGUCUGAUCCGUCGUCUGCUACUCCCGCCGCUAAGCCUGGUGAGGCUCAUGAUGUCCCUCAGCCUAGCAAUGAGCCCGUCACCAAUAUUCCUGGCGAAAUGAACAAUGGCCGCAAAGAAGAGCCUGGCAAGCCUCACCAUCGAGACUCGGAAAAAGCACCUUCAACACCCAACCCUGAUCCCCCAGCCAUCCAGAAUACUGCCAGUGUCGUCUCCGGCGGGGAGACUAUAGAGCCUGUCCCGAUUCUGAUUGCUUCGGAAACCUUUAGAUCGGCUAAACUGGAAGAUAUUGACAAAGAAGUGGCGUCCCGCUACACCAAGCGAAACAGGAAAAAGCUCAAGAGCUUUUAUUCCAAUCAAAAUGAACUGAUAGACCAGUACCUCGGUGUGGGAGACGAAGAACAACUCGCUGCCGAGGAAGAAAGGCGCAUGCGACCCAAGAUCAGGUUUGCAGUCUAUGCCUCGUUUACUGUUAACCUUUGUCUCUUCAUCAUCCAAUUGUAUGCCGCGAUUUCGACCGGCUCGCUGUCUGGUCGAACCAGAAUCGAGCCAAUUGGCAUUAUUGUCUUCUGCGCUCUCAUGGCUACGGUAGCCAUCCAACUACUGAUUGAAUCUGCUCGGAGCCUCGCGGGCGGCCACCGCGACGCCGGCCCGUUACAGGUUGUGCCGCUGUCUCUUGUCGGCGUUGCGAUUUUCAUGAAAAGUUCCAUGAUGGCGUACUGCUUCUUUUACAGACGCUUCCCGUCUGUCCAUGUCUUCUUCAUCGAUCAUCGCAACGACAUUAUUGUCAAUAUUUUUGGCCUUGUCAUGUCCAUCGUUGGUGACCAUUUUGUGUGGUACCUCGAUCCGAUCGGCGCCAUUUGUAUUGCCGUCUUGAUCUUAUUCUCGUGGGCAUCCAAUGCCUUUGAGCAAGUCUGGCUGCUGGCCGGCAAAGGCGCGCCCAAGGAAUACGUAUCGCGACUGAUAUAUGUGACGCUGACGCAUAGCGCUCACAUUCUCAAGGUCGACACAUGUCGAGCCUACCAUGCCGGUCAAAAGUACUACGUCGAGGUGGACAUUAUUAUGAGUCAAGACAUGCCGCUGAAAAUAUCCCACGAUGUUAGCCAGUCUUUGCAGCGAAAGCUUGAAGGGCUGGCUGAUGUUGAAAGAGCGUUUGUGCAUGUGGACUAUGAGCAUGACCACAGCGUUCACGAGGAACAUAAGCCUCUGUAUGAAAAUGCUCAGUUGAAAACUCUGAGAGAGUACUUCCGCUCGUUUAUACGAAAGAGGAGGGGAUGA